CAAGACCAGCAACCUUAUCGGGUUUCUCCAUAUUCCCUGCAAAAUCAACUCGAUCCAGGCUUUAAUCUCAUUCACAGCAAGGGUGCCCACCAGUGUCAACCUCGUCUGGGGCCUCACUUACCAACUCAUUGUCAACACCUUUCCUUAAACCAACUCCCGCAAAGCCACGGACACAACCUUUCAGACCGUCAGCAGCAUCAUCACCAUGCAAUUCCUCACCAUCUACAAUAUAUGCAUAACCAUCAGGGCCAGCAUUUCCAUCAACAACAGCACUUAUUUAGGCAUAUACAUCAUGCAAAUCUUCCGUCACAGCCUCCAAAGACAAUGGAAAGUUCUGGUGAAAUGCAUUAUGGGACGAGUCAGCCCAUGGUCACACAACUUCAUGAAUUCCACUCAAGACAAGCUCCAUCUCCUUGCAGUACAUUAAGCAACACUACUGGAUAUGCUAGUCAUGGCUCUAGUACUUCUGCAUCCGUAUCUACUAGGGCUGCUGUAAGCGCAUCUCAGAGCAGGGUAUCUUGUCCUAAAACCCUGCAAGCCGUGCAUUUGCAGGACCUACUACGCGGUAAAAUCGCCCUUCUCCCUGGAGGAAGAACCAGAAAAGGAGGCCCAAUUUUAUGCUUUCCCGCUAAUUCGCGUGCCGACCAGUUGCAAAUAGAGGACUUAUAUCGUCUUGUGCGCUACUUAACUUAUCUUCCGGAGGAAAACGUCAAAAAACUCGGUUUUGCUGUAAUUAUCGAUAUGCGAAAGGAUACUACUUGGCAUAGCGUGAAGCCUAUAUUAAAGGUUCUUGAAGACUGUUUGGGAAAUAAUGUUGCCAUGAUGUAUAUUAUCAAGCCUGAUAAGAAGCUGGAAAAACACAAGACGCAAAUGAAGAUAGGAAAAUUCAGCUUUGACAUUCAUUUGGUAUCCGUAGAGGCGCUAUUUCGUGAUAUUGACCCAAGCCAGCUUACUCAGGAUCUCGAGGUGCGAUAA